UCGAAGCAGAUGAGACUACCGUAUUCAUAUUCUGAUCCAAGCUGAUGAAUUAAAUCAUGUACGGAAUGCUUAUGAAUGUUCUUUCAUCCAAGGUUCAGGACCCAACUUCGUUGAACUAGCCUAAGCCCCCAAAUUAAGCCAAGGUUUAGGGUGUUUUUGUCUCACAAUCUCAAUCAGCUUCUCCGCCUCGGCUCCGGGCACCAUACGGUAUCGAGUCCGGCCAGACGCCAGCAACGCAGGCGGAGCUGGAGUGCAAGCAGCUGUUGGUUUGAGCAUGGCUCUCUUAUCUGAUGUACACACCAGUGUUCCGAGUCCAGAGGCUGGUGGGGAGUCGUUCUUUGUCAGGGGUAGCUACCUGUACUACCACUAUGCUUGUGAUGGUUUUAAAGAUCAGGGAUGGGGCUGUGGAUACCGCACCCUCCAAUCUCUCUGCUCUCACAUCCGCAUCGCCAAGGGGGUGACGGGUUGCCGUGGUGACGAACCAACCUUGAGAGAGAUCCAAGAGGCUUUGGUUGCUAUGGAGGACAAACCGGAGAGCUUUGUCGGGUCGAGGGAGUGGAUCGGCUCAUUCGAGGUUUCUCUAUGUCUGGAUUUCUUUCAUGAUGUUAGUGGAAAGAUCAUCCAUCUUAGUUCUGGCAGUGACAUUCCUGGCAUAGUUCCUGAUCUGGUUAAACAUUUCAAGACACUAGGCACAGCUAUUAUGAUGGGUGGAGACAGUGAUGCAUCUUCAAAAGGAAUCUUUGGUGUUCAUCUUGGCGCUUCACGUUCAUAUCUCCUUAUCUUGGAUCCUCACUUCACUGGUCAUGCAACGGUAGAGGAACUCAUCAAGAAGGAAUGGGUGUCCUGGAAACCAAGUGAUUCAUUCAUGGCAAGCUCUUUCUACAAUCUCUGCCUUCCGCAGUUCAGUAGUGUCUCGGACAGAUGAUGAUCUAGCAAGACUUCUGCUGGAUGGAUGGCUGUGUAGAGUCUCUGAUGGUAAGGUCCUUGUGCAAUCUAUGCCUUCUGCAGUUCAGUGUUGCCUCAGAGAGAUGAUGAUCGAGCUAAGCUUAUGCACGAUUUUCGAUGGAUGGCUGUGAUGUUUGGAUCAUGGUUCAACAAGCUGUACCUUCUACACUUCAGCUGUGAGGCGGAUAUAUGGUCACGCCAAACUCCUGUAUAAUGGAUGACUGUGAAGUUUGUAUCUUAUACAGUAGUUCAACAAGCUUUACCUUCUACAGUUUAGUAGGUGAGGGAUGAUGAUCUAGCAAAACUUCUGUAUGAUGGAUGUUGAUCUUGAAUGGCUCAACAAGCUGUACCUUCCACAGUACAGUAUUGUCCUUGCCUGAGGGAUGACGAUCUAGCAAAACUGCAAGAUGGAUGGCUUUGAUGUUCAACUCAACAGGAUCACGCAACACUCCAGCUUGAUGAAUGGCUAUGCAAUGUCUGUCAUGGUAAGCUCCUUGUACAAUCUAUGCCUUCUGCAGUUCAGUAUUGCCCCCGAGAGAUGAGGAUCUAUAAAUUCUGCUUGAUGGACGAGUUAGAGGUUCUUUUUUAAUGGUUCAACAAGCUGUACCUUCCACAGUACAUUAGUGUCCUUGCUUGGAGAUGAGGAUUGAGCCAAACUUCUGCACGAUGGUUGAUGGAUGGCUGUGAUGCUUGUCUCUCAUGGUUCAACAUGCCUUCGACAGUUAAGUAGUUUGCAGGAGAGAUAGCAACUUGAUAAAACUUCUGCUUGAGUUGCUAAAUGCGUAAUAUCUCUUGGGGUAAGGUCCUCCA